CUUACUGGAAUUAAUAGCAGGGUUGUUUGGAUAAUUUCCUAACCGCCAAAUUCUGCUGUUAAUGGAUAUCUCUGAACCUGGUUUUUUGAGAAUCUCAAUUUGAGAUGGCACUGAGCUUCUUCUCCUGUUGUGCUUCAAUUGCUCCUCAACAACAUCAAGCAAAACUGAACCUUGGAGCCAACAAAGCCCUUGAAGAGGUAAGGAGCCUCAUAAAAACUGUUGGGGUUCCAUCAGUUGCGUCCUCUCCAGUAAAAUCACUUCAAAAUGGCAACUGGGUCAAGCUCAUAUGCGGCGCGAGCUUCGAGGAUGUAGUUGAUGUAAGGAAUCUCUCCCUAGUUUACACUCUUGCAGGAGUGGAUUGCAUAGACUGUGCAGCAGAUGUGUCGGUGGUGAGCGCGGUAAAUGAGGGGAUUGAUGCAGCAUUGGAGAUUUUCCCUCUUCCAAGGCCUUGGGUGAUGAUCAGUGUGAAUGAUGAUGAGGAUCUUCACUUUCGAAAAGCUGAAUUUGAUCCAGAGGAUUGUCCACUUGACUGUUCAAGGCCUUGUGAGAGAGUAUGUCCUGCUGAUGCAAUAUCCUUUGAGGCUGGAAGAUCAAUUACACAAUUCUCUUAUGCCACCAAAACACCUGCCUUUUUAAAGGCCGGAGUUCUAACUGAGCGCUGCUAUGGCUGUGGCCGCUGCAUUCCAGUCUGCCCAUACGAUAAAAUAAGUGUGAGCACAUACAUAAGAGAUGCUACUGCAACCUCUGAACUUCUCAAAAGAAAUGAUGUUGAUGCUAUAGAGAUUCAUACAAGUGGAAGGCAGAUUGCUCCAUUCAAAGAACUUUGGGAUGGUUUGGGAGAUUCAAUCAAACAUCUCAGACUAGCAGCAGUUAGUUUACCUGAUCUUGGAGAGUCAACCGUAUCAACAAUGAAGGCUAUGUACUCAAUUAUGGAACCGGAUUUAUGUUGCUUCAAUUUAUGGCAGUUGGAUGGCCGCCCCAUGAGCGGAGAUAUUGGUCGAGGUGCCACAAGAGAAUCAAUUGCUUUUGCUCUUCGUUUGGCUGCUAUAAAAGAAAGGCCUCAUGGUUUUCUUCAAUUAGCGGGUGGCACCAAUGCUCACACAGUUGAUGGGUUGAGGAAAGUCGGACUUUUUCAAGCGACAUCCUUGCCAAAGAACCCGAGGGAUGAAAACUCGACAGCUAUGAUUGGUGGUGUUGCUUAUGGUGGCUAUGCACGAAAGAUUGUUGGAAGAAUCCUGAGUUCUAUGCAAUCACAACACGGCAUUACUGGGAUUGAGGAUUAUCCAGAGCAUCUCCUUCAAGCACUUAGAGAGGCCCUAGCUUUAGUUGGAAAACUCAAAUGUUACCGGUCCAUUUAGAUACAUGUGCAGUAGCAUCGUCUUCAGAAACCUGGAGAGAAGUAUGGGAUGCAACUGUUUGAUCAACAUACUUCUAGAUUCUGUACAAGAUUGAUCAACAAACCACAACAUGCUUCUGAGUAUUAUUAAUGUUUUUACAUAUAUUUGGUAGGGUGCGCCAAGCUUUGCUAUAUUGCAACGCAAAGAUGACAAUUGUGAGCCCCAAUAGCAAGCUAUUGUAGUGGGCUCGCCCCUUGAAAAAAUUAAUUUAAUAUCGUGUGAACCAUUGGUUCACAUAUCAGAUAUUAAACUGAUAAGAA